AUGAAGACCUCAUUUCCAAAUUCAGAGCUUGCGAUGCAAGUCUUCUACUUCGUGCUGGCGACAGUAAUCGCAUGCCUCGCAACCAGCGGAUACAGUGUUACCCCACCACAAGCCAAGAAUACUCAAGUCAAGGCGGAAUUUGAGAUUUACACAUCAACUCGUUCACUUGAAGCAGCUGGGAGCUACUCGAAAGAUGAGGACGAAAAAAAGGAUUUCGGCAAACCCUCCUUCAUGCAAAAAGUUCGUUUCAAGUACUGGAAGACGAUGGGUAAAACUCCUGGAGAUCUCAGAAGGGAGUACUUUGAUGGUAUGUCAGAAGAAAUCGUCAAGCAGAAUCCAAAUUACGUGAUCUAUAUGCGAUACAAAGCUUACUAUGACAAGUAG